CCGGCCACCCCGGCCACGCCAUCAUCACAAUGACCUAGGCCACUCUGGUCACCCCGGCCAGCCAGCGACCCGGGUCACCCCCGGGUCAGUCAUCCUGGACACCCCAUCAUCAGUGACCUUGGUCAGACAGUGACACCAGUCACCCCAUCACCCUGUUCAUCCUGGUGAUCCCAGCCACCCUGACCACCCAAUCACUCUGACCAUCCUGGUUACCCGGGCCAUCCCAGCCACCUCUAUCACCCCAGUGGCCCUGGUCACCAGCCCCGGGCACCCCAUCCGGUCCCUGCAUGUGGAAGCACACUGACAUUACUACUGUUUGUUAGACCCUGUGAUACCCUGUGUGUGAUGGAUUGGUGGGGAUUUGCUGCAGACUUUGGUGGUGUUCAUGCUGCGCUCAAGCAGAGCAAAGAAUACCCAGCCCUGGGAAGAAGGGUCUGCUCCGAUAACGAAGGAUCUGCUUCCGGAAGCUCAGAGCUGUAUAUGGAGGGUAAAGGACAAGCCAGAACAGCCACCAGGAGGCGGUAUCCCAGCAUCGGCAUGGCUUUGAAACUGUCCCAGAACCAUCUGGCUGUGAAGUACUCCGGGUACCUGGGAAAUUGGAAUAAGCUCUUCUGUUCAAACGGGAACAGCAAGUAUCCAAGGCUGAUGAAACUUGGAAAAGACAUCACACUGUGUGGGCUGGAGAUUGGGCUGCUGUCUAUGACCAAAGGAGAGGCUGCACUUUUCAUCCUCACUCCAAAAUACGCCUAUGGCCAGCGGGGCUGUCCUCCUUCCAUCCCUCCAAACACCACCGUCCUCUUCAAGGUGGAGGUGCUGGACUUCAUAGACUCAGAGGAGUGCGACGCGUUCUUUGAGUUGACUUAUGAACAACGGGAUAGACUUCCUUUAGAAAAGGUGCUGAAAGUGGCAGCCACAGAGAGAGAGUUUGGCAACUACUUCUUCUAUAAGCAGUGCUUCAAGAUUGCCAAGGACAGAUACAAGAGGGCACUGUCCAUCCUGGGUCGCAGCUCUUCCAGUAAGGCAGAGCAGAGCCAGAUCAACGCUUCCAAACUGCUGCUGUUCCUGAAUCUUUCACUCACUUACCUGAAACUGGAACGUGCUGACCGAGCUUUGAAAUACGGGCAGUUAGCCUUGGAGAUGGACCCAAGAAAUGCCAAAGCACUGUUCAGGUGUGGCCAGGCUUGUCUCUACAUGAGGGAGUACAGCAAAUCCAGGGAUUUCCUGGCCAGAGCUCAGUGCAUCCAGCCUUUCAACCGUGAUAUUAACAAUGAGCUGAAGAAGUUGGCAAGAUACUACAAGGAGUACAUGGAAAUGGAGAAAGAAAUGUGCUGCCAGAUGUUUGACCCUCUCAAUUCUUAUGGCUGAGAAGAAGUCAAGGACUGUUCCAGCUGUCCAGCUCUUGGCACAUGGAGGAGAUCUCAGCAUCACAUACAGGUUUUUGGAAAAGGGGCAGGAACACUGUCUUACUUGGAGGGACUGAAGUGAAGGUUUUGUCCUGAUUUUCCUGCAGUUUAGUUUGUUUGCCAUGUUUUGAGGCAGUUUCCAGAAUAAUUAAGUCCCACUGUUGGAGAGGAAGGGGUUUGUGUAAAUUCUUUUUCUUCUCCCACGCACAUAGUUUAAAGAAAACUCUUUCCUGACAUCCUGCUCUUGCAGAUAGAUUCUAGGCUUCUUUCAUGGAGUUUGUAAGCGGGAGGAGAAUGCCAUGAAGUUUUCUAUUUACAUAGGUUGUUCUUAAAAAAUUAUGAUUGGUAUUUUUGUUCUGAAGAAAUAAAACAACCUGAGGACUGAAGCUGGCAGGACUUUUGCCAA